AUGGAUGGCAAUGUGGAGAUUCAGGCUGCGAAGAUCCAGAAUGGGCCUGAAUUCUCCGGUCUUCUUGCGCGCGGCCCCCCCGUACCCACCUGCUGGCUGCCUUAUAUAAGGUGGGCUUGUGCACGCAUUCAGCAGUCCCAGUGUAUUUUUUAUCAGUUUCAUAAUCAUUGUGUUUGCCUUACUGUCCAACAGGGCAAUUGCGCAGAAAACACAGCCAAGAACAACAACAUCAGCAGAGAGGAGCAGGACGCCUAUGCCAUCACCUCGUAUACCCGUAGCAAGGCAGCGUACGAGUCCGGAGUGCUGGCCAAGGAGAUCGUUCCAGUUAGCAUUCCCCAGAGAGGUAAAGCCGAUGUGGUCGUGUCUGAGGAUGAGGAGUGGAGGAGGGUCGACUUCAGCAAAGUCCCCAAACUGAGGGCAGUGUUCCAGAAAGAGAACGGCACGGUGACGGCAGCCAACGCCAGCACGCUGAACGAUGGAGCAGCAGCUCUCGUCUUGAUGACAGCAGAUGCUGCAAAGAGACUCAAUGUCACUCCACUAGCCAGGAUCGUCUCUUUUGCUGAUGCUGCUCUUGCACCCAUUGAUUUCGCCAUCGCUCCUGCAUUUGCAGUACCAAAGGCCCUGGAUGCAGCAGGGCUGACAAAGGAUGACAUCAGCAUGUGGGAGAUCAACGAGGCCUUCAGCGUGGUCGUGCUGGCCAACAUCAAGAUGCUGGACAUCGACCCUGCAAAGGUCAACAUUAACGGGGGCGCUGUCUCACUGGGACACCCCAUUGGGAUGUCUGGGGCGAGAAUUGUGGGUCACAUGGUGCACAACCUGCAGUCAGGCCAGUACGGGCUGGCAGGCAUCUGCAACGGAGGAGGCGGAGCUUCAGCUGUUAUUAUCCAGAAGCUGUAGGGAGCUCUCUCUCUUCCUGAAACAGUCUUUGUUAAAAUUCCAAACGGUUCGAGCAUCUGUUAACUCCCUUGCUGUGAACAGUGAUUCUGCUACCACUGUAUACCAGCAGCCUACUCAAUGAGCAGAGUGGGCUCGACUCAUGGUAUCAUGACUCCAGUGUUAGUCCUUUGUUUAAUGAUACAUAUUGUGCAAAACUGUUUAAUAUUUAACUCUGGAUUCAAAUAGAAGAAUAAAUAGUUUGUAUGAAACCA